AUGUUUAAUCCCGCUAAGUUCUCCGGGGUGGAGAUCGCGCGGCUCCGAGCUGUAUGUGCGUCGCCGCAAGCCCCGGCAGGACAACACCAAGUCCGUAAGGGAACAGACGAUGAAUGGAAGAUUGUCUUGGGUUUAGUCGAGGGCACCAUAGCAUGCCGCAACAUGCCGGCUUUUCUUCCGCACAUCCUCCGAAGUGAGGGAUGCCUCAGACUGGUUUCUACGAUUCAGGCUCAGGUAGAAGGCAAAUUGAUUAUGCAAUUGGGGCGCUCUCGGGGUGUCCGGGUUACCCGACAGAGUACGAAAGCUAUCACCGAGCGGAUCCUGGAAUCGGCGGAGCUGGCGCGAGUAAACUUACCUGCGCUACACAACAUGCUAGGCCAGACGAAGACGAUCAGCUACGAUCAAGUAACGAAGUCGAUUCACUUCUAUUUCUUUACCAGAGAAACUGCCGAGAAGCACAAGGAAGUGCGGGUGCCUUUUUCGGGAGGAGUAUAG